AGGUUUUUGCCACAGCUUCAAAUCUCAAGCUUUGACACCUUGAGUGACACGGAAGAUCGUAACUGUGGCGAAGUGGAUCAACUGAUGACCAGGGAUGUUUGCACUCGCUGGUACAAAGCGCCUGAGAUGCUCUUUGGUUCUGUGACGUACUCACAAGGUGUGGACAUCUGGGCAGUUGGCUGCACAUUCGCCGACCUUUUGUCUCCAUCUGAUGCUUUGUUCCCUGGUGGCAGUGAUCUUGAGCAACUAUGCUUGAUCUUUCAGGCCCUUGGGACACCUGAUGAAGAUGACUGGCCGGAAGUCCGUGAGCUGCCUGACUAUCCGAAAGUCUCCUUUGCAAAGAGAGUGCCGAAGAGGCCCGUUCUAGAAAUGCCGAGCGCGGAGAAUUUGGACGACUCUGAAGAUGCUGCAGAUUUGCUCUGGGCAUUCCUUCGGCUCAAUCCAAAGCAGCGGAUCAGUGCUGCUGAGGCAUUGGUUCAGAAGUUCUUUCGCGGCUCCAUUCCCUCGCCUGAGGCAGUUGUCAAAGGCCUUCCUGAGUGUGGGCACCAUCAAGCUGAAGCCAAUGCGGGGCCCAUUUCGCCAUUUGGUCUCAGCGAAUUUGGAUCAGAUUGCAGCCUGCUGAGCAUGUCUGGUGAGUUGCAGCCAGUCACGGUGGAGACCACUUCGUGCGGGUUAUGGGAAGAAGUUGGGCACAUGGAAGCCUCUGAGCCGAACAGAUGCCGAACACCAUCGCCACCGCGCGAUGGAAUACACAAGUUCAAAUUGAAACGAUGAGUUGUCUGAGCCCUUUAGGCUCCCCAUGAGGCAGUUGAAAUGCUUGGUUUGAAUUCGCAAGCCGGCAGCAUCAAACACUGAUGCUCCCACCGUGUGAUAAACCCGCAGCUUGGAAAUCAUUGCCAGUUCCCGCAGAACUUGGAAA